UGUUGCUUUACGCAGAGCGCGGGAUCAGCUCCCAGUCAGGGUGCUUAGGCCAUCUCUCUGGGAAGCAGAGAACGGUCACCGCAGUUCUGAGCCGUGUUGGUCCAAACCUCCAGGUCCGUUUGACACAGAUCUUUGGAGAGACCCUGCCUGGAGAAGGGAAGUCGACCCUUUUCGCUCUUGUGCAACCAGGUGCCUUGCAGCAGUCUGCAAACUUUUGUGACCCUCCCUGCGUGGUUCUCACCUGGUGCGGUGUCUGUUCAGUUCUUGCGUGCGCCCUUCCCCCAGCUCCCCUAGCUUUAACGCAUCUGCCCAUUUCUCUCACUGGGUUCUUGCAGUUCGACUUUUUGCUCCCUGCAGUUCCGGAUCCAGAGGCUUGGGAUCUAGUAGUGCUUCUCCUGCCUGUCGCAGUUGGGUAGGGGCAGAGAGGGCGAACCAGGAGAGGUGGGACUUAAGGGAAUGCUGCUGUCACCCAGGGUCUUCAUCAAGAGCGGUGGGUGUCAGACCGCUCGAGCCCGCCACCCCUAAGUCGAUAAUAAAAACCCUCGGAGUGGCUUUCGGUUGCGGUUAUAUGCUGUGGGAAAUGCAAGUGCUGAUCUGGGUGGGUGAAGUAAGUGGUUCUGGGAGGAAAAGAUCCCUCUUGAGGAUGCGGGAGGCAGCGGAGGAUGAGAUCUGCCCAAGGAUGAGGGGGGCGGAAAAGCUCUGCAAAUGUGGGCGAAGGGGCACCUCAGCGUGGCCACUGAAGAGGAUUUAGAGAAGAGAUUGAAGUCCGGGUAGAGGUUGGGGGCGCUGGCCUGGAUGUGUAAAUACAGGGGGAGGGGCUAGGUACCUGGGAGGUCCGGAGGUGGCAAGCAGCGCUGGAAUUCCUGCCCCGGGGUAUUUCGGAAGGCUGGCUGCUUCUGCCUAGGGUAGAAAGGACUCCCUUCCCAGGAACAAACAAACCUCUCAGCUAUAUUCUGAAUGCGUUGGCAUCUUGGGCGGUGACUGAAUGUUCAGAACAUGAACCGAGGACGCUGUCCCUGGCUCCAAGAGGACCACAGCCCCUCUUCUUUCCGGCACCUGCUUGCUUCUACACCCCUUCAUCUCCACCACCGGGGUCGGUAGAUCUGUGCCCACCUUCUAUGACAGCACUAGGGCGUCCAGGAUGUUUCCACAUUCCGGAAUGGGAAGGGGACUCUUGAUCUGAUCCCUGGAGGGGGGGUAUAUGUGUAGGAAACUAAGGGGAAUCCCCAGCUGUCAGCAGAUAGGCUGGGGUCCCAACAAUCCAGAGGAGAAUCCAGGGCGGAGGCUGCUCUGGGAGACACCUUCCCCUGAAUGCUUCAAGGUUUGUACCUGGGCGGAGCAAAGGAAGGAGUGGGGGAGCCCUUAGCUGGGUUAGGAAAGAUCCUUAGCUUAAAGCUGGAGGGUGUGUGGAGAAAUGCAGAAGGGGUGUGCACAGCUCCUCCAAGUAAGAGAAGACCCAGCUUCUCGACCUGGUAUCCGGAAUCGGAGGUGGGUUUAUCCACUUUGCAGCCCCACCCCCACCCCCAUAUGUAUCGUUCUGGUUGUUUCUGAUGGUUUGGCGGACGCAGCAGUCAUCUUUGCACCCCAGUCAUCUGGCCUUCAAGACCACUUGUGGAAAGAGGCCUAGUGUAGGCAUUGCAAAAGAAGGGUGUCCUCACUCUUUCUUUAUCUCUAAACCCCAUCCCCCUUCCCUGGUGGAGAACACAUCACCAUGUAUGAGAGAAGAGACACAUAGCCCUCCUCACCCCAUCUCCAGGGACGCUUCUGAUUAAGAGUCCUGCCUAAUCUCUAGUCCCUACCUAGUCCAGUGGGGAAGCAUUUGGAGGCUAUGCUGGUGUAGGGCUGUGGACAGCUCCCAGGUUCUCCUUGCAUGAACUUCUCAUAUUUUGGCUUUUAAUAGAACAACCUUCCCUAGGUUGCCCUGGGAUUGCCUCCCCUAUCCUGUUCUAUCUAGAGAAAAGCAGAAUUGGAGUCAUUUUGGCUAUUUGGUCAGAGCCUUCUAGAAGAGAGUAUCAUGGUCACUCCCAUACCCAGGCAUACGUGAGGCAGCUAGCUUCCUGCUUCAGAACAGAGAGCUGUACAGAGCCCUAGGACCAAGAAUGGGGAUUCCCUCCACACAAGCUUCUGAUGCAUUUAUGAGGCACAAAGUGUGGCCAUGCCUUCUUCAGCCAGACCUGGCUGGUGACAGCACGCAGCUUCUUCUGAUAUACCUGGAUAUCUGAGGUUCCCAAGCAAGGACUGGAAUAAUGAAGAAGGCUGUGUGCUAGCUGCAUCCGUUUGAACCACCCAGGAAGGAAAUCCAGAGUGUGGUCAGAGGCAGAACCCUUGCAACACUUGGAGUGAAUGAGGAAUGGACUCGUGAUUAUGCAGAGGUUCCAGGAUGAAUCUGGUCGACCUGUGGCUGUCCCGCUCCCUCUCCAUGUGUCUCCUCCUCCAAAGCUUUGUCCUGAUGAUACUGUGUUUUCAUUCUGCCAGUAUGUGUCCCAAGGGCUGCCUUUGCUCUUCCUCUGGGGGGUUAAAUGUCACCUGUAGCAAUGCAAAUCUCAAGGAAAUACCCAGAGAUCUCCCUCCUGAAACGGUUUUGCUGUAUCUGGACUCCAAUCAGAUCACAUCCAUCCCCAAUGAGAUUUUUAAGGACCUCCAUCAACUGAGAGUUCUCAACCUGUCCAAAAAUGGCAUCGAGUUUAUUGAUGAGCAUGCAUUCAAAGGAGUUGCAGAAACCCUGCAGACCCUGGACUUGUCUGACAACAGGAUUCAAAGCGUGCACAAAAAUGCCUUCAAUAAUCUGAAGGCCAGGGCUAGGAUUGCCAACAACCCGUGGCAUUGUGACUGUACUCUCCAGCAAGUUCUGAGGAGCAUGGCAUCCAAUCAUGAGACAGCACACAAUGUCAUUUGCAAGACUUCAGUGUUGGAUGAGCAUGCUGGGAGACCUUUCCUCAAUGCUGCCAAUGAUGCUGACCUUUGUAACCUACCUAAAAAGACUACUGACUAUGCCAUGCUCGUCACCAUGUUUGGCUGGUUCACCAUGGUGAUCUCUUAUGUGGUGUACUACGUGAGGCAGAAUCAGGAGGAUGCCCGGAGACACCUGGAAUACUUGAAAUCCCUGCCAAGCAGGCAAAAGAAGGCGGAUGAACCUGAUGACAUUAGCACUGUGGUAUAGCAACCACGCUGGCUGGCACUGGGAAGGGAGCUUCUGCUUGUAGUAAAAUAAGUGGUUCAGUUCUCCCUCCAUUGUACACCAUUAAAACUUUGUAUUUCAGUUUCUUUGGAAUCAUGUCACUGUUGAACUUUUCACAAACAAUACAAGUCUAAUAAUUUUAGUUUAGAUGAUGUCCCCCCAUUAAUUGUGACCCCCUGGUUCCUGAGUGACAAACUCUCUGAACAUUAGUUAGACCCAUCUCACUAUUUAAUAAUGAAAUUUAUUUUUUUAAUUUAAAACUGAAUAAAAGCUUAACUUUGAACCAUGGAAAA